AUGGUGAUUCCUCCACCCGUAAAGGCUCAAAGAAUCACAAACUUUCUAAAACCAUAUCUCUUGAAGAUGCAUUUUUCAAACAAGUUUGUAAGUGCACAGGUGAUUCAUGCACCAACUGCAACUGUUGCAGCUGCCGCAACUUCACAGGAGAAGCUUCUGCGUGAAGCCUGGACUCAAACACAACAAAGCACAAGAGAUGUUUCCGCUGCUGCUAAGAUCGGAAAGAUAUUAGGCGAGAGGUUGCUCGUUAACGACAUCCCAGCCGUUUCAGUCGUCUACAAAAAAAAAAACCAAAGAUAUCAUGGUAAAGUCAGAGCAGUCAUUGAUUCCUUAAGGGAAGCAGGUGUCAAGUUGCUUUAAUUUUUCUUUUUGUU